CUUCCCUUCAUAUGCCCAGGAACAAUCUUGACCAGUGCUAUCCAGUAGAAUGUGUAGAUCAUGUAUGUAGUGAAAGUGGUUAACCAUGUAGAGAAUAUUAAAAAAUUGAGAUAGUGUACAUCAUUUUCUAAUUCGGAGUGUUCUAAAUUGGACACUAAAUUCUUAUCAGAUAUAUUCGAUUUCUGUUUAGAUCGUGCAAAAUUUAGAGUUGAAAGAGUAGAUUCAGAUACUCAACUUGUUCCCAGUAUUUAAGUGAGCUGUCAGCUCCUAGUGAGACAUCUGGUGCAGCUGGUCCUCAGUAACUGACAAUUGAUGUUACUGAUUUUCAUAGAGUGUAAUGUUUUAGCAGCUUUUAGGUUCUACCUGCACAGUAGAGUCCUUUGGUCUGGACCUGAGCACUCGUACUGCUGGUUUAUCUAAGAGGAGCUUAGGUGGGUCAGAGAAUGCUGUGCUCUAAGUCAGCUCCCUGGUACGUAUGCCUCAGGUAGAGUGGCUGCAUAAUCUCAUUCAUGAAGUUUAUUGCCUUGACGAGUGAAGAGUCACAUUCCUCAGGGCUCAAGUUUCCCUCCCUGUAAAAUGAAUCCAUUAUCCUUUUCCUGAUGGGCAGCAUGGCUCACAAUCCCCUUUUGUGGCUCCAGGUGAGACAAGACUCCUCUGACAUUUGAUGGCAGUGGUGUAUAUUUGUAUGAGAUUUCUUGAGUGUGAAGGGAUAUUUGGGAAUUUGAAGCCAGAAUGGAAUGACUUCCAGGCAGGUGAAUGUGGGAAUUGUGGUCAUCUCUGCGUCCUCAUGCCUUCUUUCUUUUCUCCUAGGUUUCCUUCUAAGGACCAUUUCUACCUUCCUGAGGAAAAGACAGAGGCAGAAAGGAUGGUAACUGACUGUUUGGCUAGUUCUCAGGACUCGGUUACCUUCGCUGAUGUGGCUGUGCACUUCACCCGAGAGGAGUGGACUUUACUGGACCCAGCCCAGAAAAAUCUAUACAGAGAUGUGAUGCUGGAGACCUACAAGAACCUGACCACAGUAGAAUGGGAAUUACAAUUUAAGACCAAAGACUCAGCAAUUCCGCUGGAUAGUUUUGGGGGAGAAACAUCAAAUAGGAUAGAAACGGAAAUUAACCACAAUGGGUCAGAACUCUGUGAUGGUGGGCCAUGUGGAAAAGUCUUCAGUGAACAUUCAUGCCUUAAGACGCACAGGAGGAUUCAGAUUGGAGGGAACACUAAUGACGGUAAUCAGUAUGGACAAAAUUUUUUAACUUUGCGCAAGAAAACUUCUACUGGAGAGAAACUUUCCAUGUUUAAUCAGUUGGGAAAAGGCAUCAGCCCAACUCCAGAUGUUGUGUACCAGAAAACCAUGCAAGAGAAAAACUUCGAAUGUGGUGACAGUGGGAAGGCCUUUGUUAAUCAUUCUUAUGUUCAGGCCCAAAUGAAAACGCAGAAUGGAGAAAAUCUCUAUGAAUGGAAGGAAUGUGGGAGAUCUUUUAUUUACUCCACAAGCCUUGGUGUGCAUGUACAAAGUAACACUGGUAACAGUCAUCACGAAUGUAAGGAAUGUGGAAAAUCUUUUAAGCAGUCCUCAUACCUUAAUGCUCACGUUCAAAUUCACACUGCAAUAAAACCCUUUAAACUUAAGGAAUGUGGGAAAGCCUUUAUUCAGUGUUUUGAACUUACUGAGCCUAUAAAAACUGAUAUUGGAGAGAAGCCUUUUAUAUGUGACACAUCUGGAAAAGCCUUUGAUUCUUCCUCAAAUCUUUCUAACCAUUCUAGAAGUCACACUAGAGAGAAGCGUUUUCAGUGUAUUGUUUGUGGGAACAGAUUUACCACUUCUUCGUACUUAGUUAUUCACACGCGAAUUCACACUGGGGAGACACCCUACAAAUGUAAGGAAUGUGGAAAAGGCUUUAAACGUUCAUCGCACCUUAGCGUUCACAUGCGAACUCACACUGGAGAGAAACCCCAUCAAUGUAAAGACUGUGGGAAAGCCUUCACUCAUUAUUCAAGCCUUAUUUACCAUGGAAAAACUCACACUGACGAGAAGUCUUUUAAAUGUGAUAAAUGUGGAAAAGCCUUUGCUACUUCCUCAUGUCUUAAUAAACAUUUUAGAAUUCAUAGACUGAAGUCUUUUGAGUGUAAUGUGUGUGGGAAAAGAUAUUCCAAUUCUUCCUACUUUAUCGUUCACAAGCGUAUUCAUACUGAUGAGAAAACCUUCAAAUGUAGGGAAUGUGGAAAAGGCUUUAAACGUUCUUCGCACCUUAAUGUUCACAUGCGUAUCCACAGUGGAGAGAAACCCUAUGAAUGUAAAGAAUGUGGGAAAGCCUUCACUUACUGUCUAAGCCUUAUUUACCAUAUAAAAACUCACACUGGAAAGAAGCCUUUUAAGUGUGACAAAUGUGGAAAAGUGUUUGGUACUUCCUCAUAUCUUAACAAACAUUUUAGAACUCAUACAGGACCCAAGUCUUCUGAGUGAAAUAUAACUGGGAAAACAUGUACCACUUGUUCAUACUUUAUCAUUCACAAGCGUACUCACAAUGGAGAGACAUUGUAUAAAUGUAAAGAAUAUGGGCAAGUCUUUGCUCAAUUCUCAGGCCUUACCAUAUGAAAACUCAGACUGCAGAGAAGCCUUUUCAAUGUGAGAAGUGCGAGAAAGUCUUUGUUCCUUCCUCAAAGCUUGUUAAACAUUUAAGAUCUCAUGCUGGAGAGAAGCCAUUUGACUGUAAUAUAUGUAGGAAAAGAUUUACCAAUUCUUCAUACAUAGUUAUUCACAAGCGUAUUCAUACUGGAGAGAAACCCUGUGAAUGUAAGGAAUGUGGGAAAGCCCUCGGCAGUCGUCAUUCACUUCAAAGACAUGACAGGACCACACCGCAGACAUGCCCUCCAAUGUAAGGAAUGAGGGGAAGCUGUCAGAAUCUUCUCACAACCCAGCAUGUAAGUACUCAUAGUGAAGCCAUCCUGUUAAGGAACUGGAAAGCCCUCUUUAAUUGUUUCCUCAGUGAAAUGUGUACUUUUUAUAUGUGAGAGACCUUGUAGUAGAGAGAAAUCUAACUGAUGUAAGAUAUGUGGGAGAAUUGUAUUUCUACUGAUGUUCACUUGUGAUCUCGCCGUGGAGAGAAACUUCAUGAGUGUAAGAAAUGUUGUAGAGUCACAGUUAUUUUCCAUUAGAUCGUUUCCUAUCCUUAAUAAACGUGAUGUGGUUCAGUAAAAGAAACUGAAUAUAGGGGAUAUGGGAAGUGCUACCCUGAGUGUGAAUUGUAGGGUCUUUUGAGAUGCAUAAUGUGGUUCAUUCUGUAGAUCUAGUUAAAGCAUUUGUGAUUAGGCCCUGAGAAUUCUUGUGCGUAGUGUGUCCUUCUUUCUGCUGAUAGCUCAGUUUAGUGGCUACACCUUCCAGGUUGCAACCUAGUCAAUAGAGAGUCUAGAGGAUUCACAUUCAAUCCCCUUCUAACCACUUGGAUUCUCUUGUUGGAUUGACAUGGUCUUACAUUGUGAUGACAGUGAUUUCUUGAUUGUUUGCAGUGCUCACUGAACUCAUUUACAGCAUGUCAUUCUGCCCAAGGUGGUUGGUGAAAUACAUCUGUAAAUUUUGUAAACUUACCUUGUCCCUCUCACAACGGAUCUUUCAGAUAAAAAGUCAGUGUCAAGCAUGUGAUGAAGGGUGAAAAAUUGACUUUACACCUACUAAUGUUAGACAUUCUGAUUUCAUGAGCUUUGUGGCUGAGCAACAACCUCACCCUCUGGGGAGGACUGUUAACCCCUUGCCAUACAGGAAGAUAGUGAGAAUAAUGAAUGUUCUCUUUUGCCCCUAUACCUAGUACCACAGCCUGGGAAACCAAUCAUAUCAGUUGUCUGAGUCAAGCAACAGUUGUUGCUGCUGGUAUGACCUGCUACUUUCUUUGUCAUUCUGUCUGUGAACUGUGAAAACAGAAAACCUCAUGUGAAUGUAGCUGGUCCUGAGCUGCUGUGCUUGCUGCCCUCACUGGGACAUCCUGAAUGUGAACUUUGGGUGUAGACACAUUGGCACAACAUCAUUUCAGCUUCAAUGAUACAAGUUCACAUAGUUUGGACCCUCAAGCAGCGUUGGGUUAUGUCACAUAUGGCCAUCAGGCGUGCAACUGCUUGAUGCCACUUUCUUGAGGCUUAGGCAAAACACUGUAUGAUAAUCUAAAUCAAGGGUAACCAUAAAUCUUGAAAAAUUCUUUGUGCACCUUUGUGUUAACUGUUGUUGUGGAGUAUAUCAUGUUGUCCCUCACUUUUGGGCAUAUAUGUUGUUAUUUAGCCCAUCUAUUGUCUCUUCAAUUAUUGGCAACAACAACAAAGGUCAGCAGAUCAUUCUUAAUCUUUUGUGUGUGCUGUGUCAUAGAUUGGCUUUAGAUGACAUUGUAAUUGCCUGAUAUAAGACCUCAGGGUCCUACCAGAAAUUGUCACAGUUGCUUGAAUCUAGCACCAUGUGGGUAGUGUAUGAGGUCCCUCCUGCAGAUUGGUCUCAUUCUGCUGUUUGCACUCCUAGUGACAUCAUCCUCAAUGAGUGCUGUGCGAGAGAAAUGAGGAGAUUUGGUGCUGGCUUUGGUUGGUCAGUGGAUGACAAAGUGGCAUAUUUAUGUGGGAAAACUCCGAAAGCCAAGAUAAUGUGAGCCAUAUAUGCUCCAACACAGAUGAGCCUUUAAAAACAUUCUAAGUGCAAAGAAGCUGUUGAUAAAAGAUUGUAUGGCUUCAUUUAUAUGAAGUGUCUAGAAAAUGUGAAUCUCAGAGACAGAAAGGAAUUUGUAUUUGCCUGGAUAUUCAGAGACAAUGGAAAUGGGAGUCUGACAGCAAAGACUGCUUUUGAAGUGAUGAAGUGGUUCUAAAAUUGUGAUGGGUUAGGUAAGUUUGUGCAUAUAGUAAACAUCAUUGAGUUGUAUAGAUUUAAAUGGAUGAAUUGUAUGGUAUGUGAAUUAUAUCUCAGUAAAGCUGUUCCAAGAAAUAGAAGAUUGUUGUACUGCUUACACCAUUGGAAAUUAUGAGCAUAUUAAACUUAAUAUCUGAGGCAUCUGGCAUUGUAGGAUGCAGCCAACAUUAGCUACCAUUAUACUUUUGCCACUAGAUAUUGAAAAUAUGAAACUUUUAUAAUCAAAGAGCGUGCUACAGGCAUAAGUAAAUAUGUUACUUUAAAGGAGAUUCUAGAUAUGAAUACUGGUAUGUAUAGGAAUUUUAUUGUUUAAUAAAUACGGAAUUACAAAACAGUAGGUCAAGGAUAGCUUAACAAUAAGCACUAGUACCACAGUUGGCCUUUUGGAGGAAGAAAAAUUGGAUCCAGUACCCCCACCACAUACAAGAAUACACUGGAUGAAGAUUAAAGAUUUAAAUGUCUGUACAAGUAGUAAAUUUAAGAAGCAAAUUAGGAAAUCUCCAAAUACUGUAGGGUUUGAAGAGACGUUUUAAGGCAAGGCAGGAAAUCCAGAAACUAUUUUACAAAACAGACUUCCUUUGGGCACAUAAACAUUUAAUAUUUUGUACAGCAAGAGAUGAAAGAUUAACGUGGCAAAAUAGUUAUUACUUCAAUAGUUGCAUAAAAUAGAUCUGACAGUGUCCAUAAGCAAUUCUUGAUAAAAUGCGUUAGUAAAUCACGGUUUAAGAUCUUUAUGAAUUCCACUGUGCCCACCCACUGAAAUCCACAGCAAACAUGGUUACUUGGGAAACUUUAGAACCCUUCCUAAGUGAACGAUUUCUGGUAUUGUUGCUGUUUCACAGCGUAGUAUGGGAGGCCCUGGACCAUAUGGUAAAAUCAUAAAAAAGGAAACAGUUACUUUUAAAAGAAAAAAUAUUUAUAGACAAUUUUAUAUGAAAAGCACAAAGGAAGCAAUGAUUAGAGUAUAGCAUGGUGUCGAACAGAAAUCAAACGAAAUAAGGGGGAAUAAAGACAAGGAUGGAGUUAGUUGAAUGGAGGAAAUGGGCUUUCUGGGAUUGGCAGGCACGUUACAGGAGAAUCACCGUAAGCCCUCUAGGAGGGUGAGGUGAAGCAGGUGGAAAAGCUUUUUUUGAUGCACAUUCUCACCUUCAACCACCACCCCCAGUGUAGGCCCCGCCUCGAGCCCUGGUUCUAGCCUCCAUCUUGUCUCACGCUGUUUCUGCCUACAGCCCCGCACCGAGCAAACCGUGGUCCAACCCCACCCAUGCAGUUGUUCAGUUGAAUUUCUCAGUCUGAGGUGGUCUUUCUUGACUGGCAGCCUGAGCCGCAGAGCUCCGCCCCUUCCAUCCCCAGGCAGGAAGCGAAAGUUUGGUCGCCUGUUCAUUGGGAUUUUUGUCCUGCCUGCUCCUGGUAUCUUGGAGACAUCUCUCUUAGUGGUGGUCCAGCCCAGCCCAGCUUUGGGGAGAGCAGUGCGAAGUGGAGGAUAUGGGGGUUGAAGGAGGAGUGAAAGUGUGUUUGGUCCAGGUCGCCGAGGGCCUACUUACAGAGUCCUGGUGUGUGACGCUCGCUCCCGCUGGGGCCCCGCGGCACAUUCAGGCGUUCAUUGCUCACCAAGACCUGAGACACACUGUAUGGGCGCAUGCCUGAGGUCUCUUCAUCCACCGAGCUUCCCUCUUCAGAAGCCUCCAGAGCAACCUUUGUGACUUGUCUCCAGAAGGAAAGGAACCUACGCCAUUGGAAUGAUGUUGACUCGGCCCCCACAUCCUCUGUCCUCGCGGAUCUGGCAAUUCUGGCCUAUUCUGGGGAGUACUGGGGGAAUGUUGGGGGAAGGGGGCCUGUGUUUCCUUUUGUAUACAAAAGAAUGUUUCAUCUGGGAAUUUGGUUGUCUUUGCAUGUCCUUCCUUUAUUUUUGACACAUUAUGUUCAGGUAGAAAGAUACUUUCUUAGAUGUGUAUGAUGUGCAUAUUUCUGUGAAUAAAUAUAAUUGGAGACAAAAGUCUUUUCUACUAAAACGAAACAAGAACACUCACCUAUGUCUGAACUUCCUAGGGUUAUCCAUCUCCAUAGGGCUUCAGAACAGUGGCCUCUAGGAGAAAAGGAUGGAGACUUUAUUACACUAGGUCUAGAAUAAUCGAAACUUACCAUCCACAGAAUGUUUGGACUAAGUGCAUUUUUUCCACAUUCUUCUUUUGAAAAAUCUCAAACCUAAGAAAAUUUGAACAUGCAGUACAAUAUGCAGUCUGCUGUAUACAUUUAAUAUGAGCAAUAAAACCCCAAGCACUUUGAGGUCCUUCUCUUUAUGGGCAGGUAUUUCUGAUACUGUCUCUGCCAGAGGCACUGUCGGCCAACCUGCAUGUGAACUUUUACCCCAGAUCUCUGGUCUGAGAAGCUCCAUUAUUUGAAACUAAUAAUAACCCAUUCACUUAUUUUGCUGCGGUAAAAUAUAAUGUGAAACUGGCUGUUUUAAGUGUGCUGUUCUGUGGCGUGUGCACUCACAUUGUUGUGUGACCAUCACCACCAUCCAGCUCCAGAACUUUUUCAUCUUCCCAAACUGGAACUCCAGCCGUUAAACUCUUACUCCCCGUUUCCUCAUCUUCUCAGUCCCUGGGAAUGUCUGUGCUCCCUGCUCUAAGCUCCUCAUUUAAGGCGAGCAUACUGUAUUUGACUUUUUGUGUCUGGCUUAUUUCAUUCAGCAUCGCGUCUUCAAAGUUCAUCCAUGUUGCAGCAUGUGUCAGAAUUUCCUGCCUUUUCAAGGUGGAAUAACACUCCAUUGUACAUAUGUACCACAUUCAUGUGUCAGUGGACACUCGGGUUCCCACGUUUUGGCUCUUGUGACUAAUGCUGCUCUGAACCUGGCUGUGCAAACGUGUAUUCAAGGCCCUGCGUUCAAUUCUGUUGGGUGUACACGCCCAGAAGUGAAUGCUUGAUCGUAUGGCAAUUCUGUGUGUAUCCUGUUGAUUUAUUAGUCCUGUCAUUUCUUGGCAGGUAUUGUAUUCCUAGAUAUAUUUGAACAUUCACAAAAAACGGUUUUACUUUAAAUUGUGGUUAAGAACACUUAAGAGUUACCAUUUUAACUAUUUUAAGUGUACAGUUCAGUAGUGUUAAGUAUAUGCACUUUGUUGUGCAACAGAUCUCCAGAACUUUCUCAGCUUUCAAAAGUAUAACUAUGGAUCCGAUCAACAAUCUCCAUUCUCCUCUCCUCCAGGCCCUGGUAACCUCCAUUCUACUUUUUGUCCCUAUGAAUCUGGUUAAUCUAGGGACCUCACAGAAGUUAAAUGAUGCAGCAUUUUUUUUUUUUUUGUUAAAGGGUUUUUUUGAGAUGCAACGAAAGUCCCAGGUUUGGGUAUUUAAAUGUAGUGAUAGCAAUCAUAGCACCAACGCACUU